AUGCAUCACCAAAGAGGGCCAUCGAGACUGCUCGAUUCACAGACCAAACCUCCUUUAGCUGAGUCUCAGACCAAACCACUUUCUCCUGAACUGGUUGAGCGGUGUGCAAAUGAUUUUAAGUUCAAGUAUAGGUCAACUCUCUGUAAGAUCAGAGCUGAUCCUCUCAAUCCUGCUUCCAUUGUGCAGUUUGACGACAUGUAUACUAAUCUUGUCUUACUAGAAGAACAUGGGACAGAGAAACAAAUGCUAGAUUACAAUGAUAUCCUUGAUCUCAAAGUCAAUGGAGAGUUCCCCAAGCGGAUCAUGGUUCAGGGAGAGGCAGGGGCUGGAAAAACUACAUUCUGUGCUAAGAUUGCCUGGGACUGGAUUGGAGAGAGGCAUUUCAGUCAUUUUGUGUGGGUCUUAAUUGUUCCUCUACGUGAAUUUAAGCAACACACUAUUGGCGAGAUUGCAAAGUCUUAUCUGGCCAAAAACAAUCCAGCAACGGUUUCUCAGAUUACUGAGUAUAUCCGGUCGAAUCCUGACAAGGUAUUCAUCGCAUUCGAUGGGCUAGAUGAAGUCAGUGGCAAAAUCAUGAAGACAAAAUCUUGUGAAAAACAGCCUACUUAUCAAAUGCAACUUCAGUCAUCACAGCCAAGUAUUACCCCCUCAGAGGCGCGUGGAAGCUCAUCUGAGACUGGUGAUAUUGGACUUGUAGAGAUUCUUUGUUCAGAUCAACUUGCCUCUUGCCCAGUCUUGGUGACCACUCGCCCAUGGAGAGCAGUAGAGAUUAGAUCAGAUGGUGAUCUAAUGAAGCUCUACACGUUCAUUCAUGUUGAGGGUUUUAACAGAGAGAAUUUGUCAGAUUACAUUCACAAAUACUUUCCAAAGAAAGAAGAUAAAGAAAAGGCAAUUCAGCUUAUCCAGUUCACCAGUGAGAAUGAUGUCAUAUCUGAAAACAUGGCCCACUAUCCUAUAUAUGUAGCCAUGUUGUGUCUUAUGUGGAAAAAGCUUGACGAGCAAAAAUUAAGGGAAAUGAAAUCACUGAAAUCUUUUUCUCAGAUAUUCCAAAAAAUGAUUGCCUUUCUAAAAGAACAUUAUGCUCAGAAAACGGAGAAGAAAGUAGGCAGCCGCUUAUUUCUUUCUUAUUUGAAAAAAAUUGAUGAGCUUCUUGGACCAAUUGCCAAACGGGCCCUCAAAGGUCUGCUAGAAAAUACCUUGAUUUUCGAUGAAGAUGAUUUUGGAAUAUGCCCAGAAUCCAAGGACACUGCCUGUCGGGUUGGGAUUUUGUCUCAGGAGGAGAGAAUUACCAUUAGCAUCGACAUUCAUGAGAAGAAUUCUCAUGUGCAAUUGCCAGUCUUCUUCCCUCACAAACUGUUUCAGGAGUACAUGGCUGGAGUCCAUCUUGCUUCCCUGUAUGAAUCAGAUCGUAACGAAUUCAACAGGCUGAUUGAGCAAGUAGUGCUGCCAAGGAAGAAGGAGUUUAGGUAUCUCCUGUACUUCACUGUGUCACAAAACAAAGGUAUUGCAACCCAUGUACUGAACUCUAUGCUUCAGGGACUAGACAUAGAUGUAGGUAUAGAGUCACCUUUCAAUGUUGGUUCAGCCUUUGGGAGUCUACAGUACACAGAUGUAGGUAGAGAGAUAUCUUUCAUUGUUGAUGUAGCCUUUGAGAGUCAGGACCCAGAUGUAGCAACCUUGGUGAAGGACAGGGUUUCAUCAGAGGCAAUUACACUGACCAUAUCCAGAAACAUGACAGCACACACUGUAGCUGGUUAUGCUUUCAUUGGACCACAUGUGGUUGCACUCAGGAUUAACAGAAGUUGUGGACCUACUAUGUCACUUGAUCUGGCAGAGAUAAUAUGCUCCAUGCCAUCCUUGAAGGAAGUUUGUCUAGGAGAUGAAUUCUGUGGCCAUCAAUGUUUUUUUGAAACACUUGCAAUGAAAGGAAAAGAAUCAAAGGUGAGCAGUUCAUCCACAACUGUGAUGUAUGUGUGAUAUUUUUAUUUAUUC